GUCCCGACUUCCCGUGAGGCGGCGCUCUGAUACGGCGGCGGGCGGAAGUGACGUCCCGUGUUGUGGCUCGAGAGGGAGUUUGUAAGCGGCUUCGCGUCUCUCAGACUACUUUAAACCACAUAAACUGGUUUUCGUGAUCCUGACCUCGGUUGUGUGUGUUUUGAGGAACAUGCCUGAAAUCAAGCUCAAGCAUGUGGUGUCCUGCAGCAGCGAGGACAGUACUCACAAAGCAGACAAUCUCCUGAGUUCAGACACAUAUAGGAAAUGGAAAGCUGCGAGACCUGGAGAGAAGCAAGUUUCAGUCAUUCUUCAGCUGGAAAAGGAAGAGCAGAUUCACAGCAUAGACAUUGGGAACGAAGGCUCUGCUUUCAUCGAGGUGCUUGUUGGUCACUCCACGUCAGUCAAAGACCAAGACUUUCAGGUCCUUCUGGUCACGUCGUCCUUCAUGUCUCCCACGGAGAGCCGCAACGGCACGAACACGAACCGCGUGCGCUUCUUCGGAGCCGGUCAGCUGGUGAAGGCCGCGGCGCAGGAGAAGUGGGACUGCGUGAAGGUGGUGUGCAGUCAGCCGUACAGCAAGAGCGUAGCGUACGGGGUGGCCUUCAUCAAGCUGCACUCUCCUCCGGACGCUAGCGACGUUCCCGCCUCCACUCCUCCGAAGCUCACUAAACUGGGUCAGUUCCGAGUCAAAGAGGAGUCUCCGUCCUCCGGCUCUAACAUCCAGCCGGGGAGCUUGUUCUUCAGCAGAGACGGCGCCGCUAAAGCCAGCGCAGGACUCAAGGUGUCUCCUCAGAACGACAGACUGAGUUACGCCGCGCCGGCUCUGAAAUCUGAAGGCUCGUCCUCGCAGACGUCUCCCAGCGCCUCACAGCAGGCUCCUCUGAAGAGGAAGUUUGAGUUCAGUAAAGAGCGUCUGGAAGCCUCCGGUCCGCCCCCCAAAAAGCCCGGUUCCUCUGGUUCUUCUGAACUGAACGCCGCCACGCCGAAAUCUAAAGCAAGGACCGGAGCGACCGCGAGUCCCGUCAGCAGCGCCUCUCCAGCUCAGAAGGCGUCGGACAAGCGAGAGAGUCCGAAAUCCAAGCCGGAGCCCAAACCCAAACCUAAAGCCAAGCCCGUAGAACCGGUGCCUUUCAAUCGGAUCAUGGAGGGGGUGGUGUUUGUCCUGAGCGGCUUCCAGAACCCCUUCCGUGGAGAGCUGCGGGACAAAGCGCUGGCGAUGGGAGCCCGGUACCGGCCCGACUGGACACCGGACUCCACUCACCUCAUCUGUGCUUUCGCCAACACGCCUAAAUACAGUCAGGUGAAGGCUGCCGGAGGCGUCAUCGUCAGGAAGGAGUGGGUGAUGGACUGCCACAAAACAAAGCAGAAGAUUUCCUUCAAAAGGUAUCUCAUGGACGGAGCCGAGUCGAGUUCAGAGAGUGCCGCCGAAGAGGAUGAGAGCGAGGAGGAAACACAGAAAGCGAAAACGCCAGAAAAGAGGCGGGCGACCCCAAGAAAGCAGACGCUUAAAGAGGAAGAGGAGGAGUACGGAGGCUCCACGGAUGAUGAAGAGCCAGAGGACGACGGCUCUGGCAUGGACACUGAAGAUGAGCUGAACAGAGGUGAAAUGGAGAGCAGGAGGAAGAAAGCAGCGAAGGAGAAGGCAACAGUCAAGGUGAAAGAUGAAGAUCCGUACGCUGGCUCUACUGAUGAGAACACGGAUGCUGAGGAAGAGGAGGAUAAACCCAUCCCUGAGCUACCAGACUUCCUGACAGGAAAACGCUUCUAUCUUUACGGCAAGUUCCCUGACAACCAGAAGAGGCAACUUCAACGCUACAUCGUCGCCUUCAACGGAGCCGUCGAAGACUACAUGAGCGAGAAGGUUCAGUUUGUCGUCACCAGCGAGGGAUGGGACGAAUCGUUUGAGGACGCCUUGAUGGAAAACGGCAGCCUGAGCUUUGUGAAACCUACCUGGAUUUUUGCCAUCAAUGACAGGCAGAAGCUGCUACCGUACCAGCCCUACACGGUCGUCCCUUGAUCGACCUCUCCCAGCCUCGGGUCAUUACAAACCUCCGUCUCUUGUGUUUUUGUCAUCUUUUGUGGUCCACAGAAGAGCAUCAUGUAGGUUUAGAGAACCGGUAAUUUAUGUAUUUCCGUUUCUGCUGUUGAAAUCCACUGGCCUGUAUCUGUCGCAAGUCUUUGUUUGGAUGUCAGAUACCAACCCACCAACCCAGAGAUAAAAGACUCUGAUCCAUAUUCAUGAGCCGCUUUACCAGCAAUCCAAAAGCUGUUUAUGAAACUGUUAAAUAUUAAUGACUAAGACCUGAACCUGAGGUCUCUUUCAGAUCUGACUUAUGCAAAACAUGCUCAUUUAAUAUGUGUGUUGUUCACAUAUAUGGUUGAUUAUUGGUUAAUUGUUCCAUAUUUCUAUUAGUUGCCCUCGUCGCCUUUGCUCAAGAUUGAAGCAUUUUAUCAUCUGUGGGUGUGGCCUACAGUAAUGUUGCUUUGGUUAAGAGCUUUUUGAACGUUCUGACAAGCAUUUUUAAGAAAGAAAGCACCUGAAAUAAAUUCUGAUGUAAAAAUAUGGACUAGGUGUAUUUGUAGAUUUGUUUAUGAUAGGCGAACACUUUGUCUCACUGUUGUGUUGAUGUUUACUGUUUUUAUUUGAUGCCGUUUAACGCAAGUCUCAUUUUCGACGUCUUCCGUUUUGUUUUCUUCAAAUGAAAUGAUUGUUUUGAAGUUCUGGUUUGAAGCAUUUGCAAAAUAAAGUUACAUAAUUACA